AUGUUAGAUGGUACCAUUUCCCAGACUGGUUGCAUUUGGCACCAGGUCCAACUUGCAGUCUCAGCCAAUGGCUACACCCACUCUAUUCCCUUCCUAGUCUGCCCAAUUGGCAACACUCCAGCUAUACUUGGCAUGACAUGGCUCACAACAGAAGCCCCUCUCAUUGACUGGCAACAGGGAUUAGUUACAUUUCCCAAACAAGCUCAAAUUGCCUCUGAGGAAGAAUCUGACCCAAAUCCCCUGGUGGACCUACCCCCACAAUAUCACAAGUUUGCCAAGGUCUUUGGCAAAGAGGAAUUUAAGGCUCUCCCUCCACAUAGGGAAUACAACAUUGCCAUAUAUCUUCUUCCAGAUGCCAAGCUUACCCCUGGACCCUUAUAUUGCAUGACCAAUGCAGAAUCCAAAGCUCUGAAGCAACACAUUGACAAGGAAUUGGCAACAGGCAAGAUCUGCCCUAGCACAUCUUUGGCAGGAGCACCAGUCAUGUUUGUAAAAAAGGCAGAUGGCUCUCUGAGAUUGGUAGUAGACUACAGAAAACUCAAUGACAUAACCCACAAGAAUAUCUACCCACUACCAAGACAGGAUGACCUAAUGGCCAAGCUCAGACAUGCAAAACUGUUCACCAAGCUAGACCUAUGUUGGGGUUACAACAACGUACAAAUCAGAGAAGGUGACAAAUGGAAGACAGCUUUCAGGACAAAAUAUGGUUUAUUUGAAUACCUGGUCAUGCCAUUUGGCCUCACCAAUGCCCCAGCAGCUUUUCAACAUUUUAUGAACAAUCUAUUCAGGGACCUGAUUGAUGUUACAGUAGUCAUAUACUUAGAUGACAUACUCAUCUUCUCAGAAUACCCCAAGGACCACCCUACCCAUGUCAGAGAAGUCCUAUUGGAAUUAAUGAAGAACCAGCUGUUUUGCAAAUUGUCCAGGUGCCACUUCCAUGUCACAAUGGUUGAUUACUGUCCUAGACGUCUGUAA